UGAUAAUGUAAACAUACAUAAGACAUAGUAUUUGUCAAUAUUAUUUUACUACACAUUUUAAUAAAUAAUAUGUUUAAAAAAGUUCAGGAAUAUUAUUUUUCAUGCUGUGUAGUGGUGUUGUUAUGGAAACAGUUACUAGGAUACAACAUACCCUUUUCAAGUGAGGUUAGCUAGUGGUGUCCACAUAAAUUACUUCAGUUAACUUUUUUGAUAUUGUGAAUUAUGUAUUCACAUAAUGAUGACAUAAGAAUACAUAAAUUAUCUAAAAAACGUACCAAGAUGGAUGAUUACAUGAUGAUAAAAAGGAUUGGAGAAGGAGCUCAUGGAUAUGUUUUACAUGCCAAAUGCAAUCAAACCGGUAAAGAAGUAGCAUUGAAAAAAGUUCUUGUUAAACGGAAAGAAAAAGGUUUACCUAAUGAAAUAAUAAGGGAAAUAAAAACUCUUCAGGCCGUAGACUGCAGAUAUGUAAUGAAACUUCUCGAUUUCUUCUCUAAAGGUUCAGGAUUUAUUCUGGUUUUUGAUUAUAUGCCUUCUGGUCUCUGGGAAAUGCUAAACGAUGAAAAAAUCAAACUGAGCGAUGGACAAUUAAAAGCAUACAUGCAAAUGUUACUUCAAGGUGUCUGUUAUUUGCAUGAAAAUAGAAUAAUGCAUCGGGACUUAAAGCCGGCUAAUCUUUUGAUUGGUCAAGAUGGGAUUUUACGUAUAGGAGAUUUCGGACAAGCCAGACCAUUUUUAAAGGAUGCAAUCAAAUGUUAUACACCACAAGUUUCAACAAGAUGGUACAGGGCUCCAGAACUACUUUAUGGCUCACGAAAAUACACAGAAGCUUUGGAUUUAUGGGCAGUGGGAUGCAUAGUCGCAGAAGCUUUCAAUAAAAUGCCACUCUUUCCAGGUGAAACAGAUAUUGAUCAGCUAGCAUUAGUGAUAAGAUCACUGGGGAGUCCAACUGAAGAAAAUUGGCCAGGGCAUACAAAACUUCCAGAUUUUAACAAAAUAUCGUUUAAACAAUCACCUCCGCUUUCAUGGGAAAAACUUCUGCCAUUUGUAAACAAGGACACUAGAGAAUUCAUAAAAGCAUUCGUUAAAUACGAUGCAAGCAAAAGGUUGACAGCAAAACAGGCAUUGAAACAUCCAUUCUUCAACUCUGAACCUCUUCCAGCCUCAGAAAAUGAAAUGCCAAUACCUCCUUAUGACCACAGAACUCUUGUAAAUGGCAACAUGUAUGAAAACCAUGACGAAGAACUGUUUGAAGAACUAAGUCGACUGAUUGAUGAGAAAUUUUAAUACUUUUAAAGAUUGUUUUACCUUUUUUGUUAAAUAAUAGUGUAUAACCAUAAAAAAUUGUUUUAAACAAAAUUUAAGAAAAAUGAUUAAAUGAAAAUUAGAUGUUGCAUUAUUAGAUCAUUUUAAUUACAUUAUUUUUUUAGUACCUACUUAAGAAAAUCUAAAUUUGUUUAGUAGUUUAUUGGAUUGAAAUCUGUUUAUUAAUUAAUAUUUAUAAUGACAAGUAUGUAAUUUUUGACUGUAAAAGUUUUAACAUGUUAAUAGUGUAUAAGUUUAAUACAUAAUUUAUUAAUAAAAAAAAGUGAAAAUAUAUUGAUCCAUUUUUUAUGAAGAUAGAAUGGUAAGAGG